AUGUCUUCUUCAAACAGCUAUACAGAGAAGAAGCUAUCAAAUACAAAUCCACUCCAUUCAGUUGAAGACUUUGAUACACAUUCUGGUGGUGAUAACAUUUUUAAAACCUUGAAAGAUAACCCUUUGGUGUUCUUUAUUGUGCUGUUUGCCUCAAUAGGUGGUAUCUUAUUUGGUUACGAUCAAGGUGUGGUUUCUGGUAUUUUAACUCAACAAUCGUUUGGUGCCCGUUUCCCAAGAAUCUAUAAAGAUGCUGACUAUAAAGGUUGGUUUGUCUCUACAUUAUUGAUUUGUGCUUGGUUUGGAAGUUUAAUCUUUUCACCUAUCGUUGAUAAGUAUGGGAGAAGAAAUUCAAUUGUCAUUGCAUCAGUUAUUUUCAUUAUUGGCAGUAUAUUCCAAUGUGCUGGACAUUCAAUUUCGAUGCUCUUUGGUGGACGUGCUGUUACUGGAUUGGGUGUUGGUGCUUUAACAAUGGUUGUUCCUAUGUUUAUUUCAGAGUUGGCACCACCUAGUUCUAGAGGGCAACUGGUUUCUUUACAGCAGCUCAGUAUCACUAUCGGUAUUUUGAUCUCAUAUUGGAUCGAUUAUGGUACAAAUUAUAUUGGUGGUACACAUUGUUCACCUGGCACGCCGUAUGCAGAUGGUGACUCUUUUAAUCCUUAUACUGAUGUUCCUUUGACUGGUUGUGAUGGACAAAAAGAUGCAUCUUGGAGAGUUCCUUUUGGUCUUCAAAUCUUUCCAGCUGCUGUGUUAGGUAUUGGAAUGUGCUUUUUGCCUAAAUCUCCUCGUUGGUUAUUGAUGAAAGGGUUUGAAGAUGAAUCUUUAAAGACACUUGCUUAUGUUCGUCGCUUGCCUACGGGUGAUUUAAAGAUUCAAGCUGAAUUUUUGGAAAUGAAGGGUGAAGUUUUAUUUGAAAAACAAUUCAAGGAGCAAAAAUUUGGUGGAAGAAAUCGUUUAAUGUCAGAGCUUUUAGAGUUCAAAAGUCUAUUCUUUAUCAAGGCAAACUUCAGACGUGUGUUUAUAGGAAGUGCGAUAAUGUUUUUCCAACAAUUUUUGGGUUGCAACGCUAUCAUUUAUUAUUCACCUGAAAUCUUUAAGAAAUUGGGUUUAACAGGUAAUAUUUCAGGUUUAUUAGCAUCUGGUGUUUAUUCAAUUGUGAAUUGUUUGUCUACAAUUCCAGCUAUUAUAUUUCUUGAUAAACUAGGAAGAAAGCCAAUGUUAAUGGCUGGUUCUGUUGGUACUUGUAUCUCAUUGGCAAUUGUUGGUGGUAUCGUUGGUAAAUAUGAUGGUGUUUUAGAUCAACAUAAAAGUGCCGGCUGGUGUGCUGUUGCAUUUAUUUAUAUUUUUGAUGUUAAUUUUUCUUAUUCUUGGGCACCAAUUGGUUGGGUUUAUCCAUCAGAGAUUUUUCCACUUGGUAUAAGAUCAAAGGCAAUCUCCAUCACGACAAGUUCAACUUGGAUGUGUAACUUCAUCAUCGGGUUGGUGACACCAAUGAUGCUGGAGAAAAUGAAAUUUGGUACUUAUGUGUUCUUUGCUGCUUUUGCCUUUAUUUCAUUCUUUUUCGUUUGGUUCUUUAUCCCUGAAACCAAAUUGAAGACAUUAGAAGAAAUGGAUGAAGUCUUUGGAGAUGAAGAGGUUUACCAAAACAAACAUGAUAUGCAAGCAAUUAAUGCUAACUUGAUUCAAGAGCUGAAAAGAAACGAUCUUGAAACUAAACAACACAUAGAGCACGUUGAAUAG